AUGUCUGCGCCGACCAAAACAACGGAUAGCCCGCUUAAAAGUCCAACAGGAGCUGAAUCUCCCACCACCGUAAGACCAUUAGAAAUGGACGACGACGACGUUCAGGAAUCUGGUAUAUUGAGCACCGAUGCGCCAACCGGUCCCAAGCCUGCAACUGUCGAAGAUGCCCCUCCGCCAAAACCUCCUCGUCCCCUCAGCCCUCAGCAGCAAGCCGAAAAUACACUGAGAGAAGCUUUCCCAAGUAUCGAUGUAUUAGUUGUAAAGGCUGUUUUGAGUGCAAGUGGCGGUCAAGUUGAACCUGCUUUCAAUGCCCUGCUAGGCAUGUCCGAUCCUGAUGCCGUCCGAGAACAAACCCCUCCCCCUCAGCCUCCUCGCCCACAAGCUCAGCGCGUGGGAACUACCCCGCUAUCACAACUCGAAGCAGACGAGCAAUACGCACGUCAACUUGCCGAGCAUUAUGGAGGUGCAGGAGGAUAUGGACCGCGUGGAAGUAGCAGAGGUGGCCCACCUAGACAGCAAACAGGCCUCAGGCCAAAUGAAACAUAUGAAGACGAGCAUAGUUUUAUUGACGAUGACCUUCCAGUUAUCAGGGAGAAUCUCAAGAAAGGGUUCCUCGAAACACAAACCAAGGUCAAUGGAUGGAUUACAAGUUUGAAAAAGAAAAUUGAUGGCGACGAAGAAGAGGAAGGUCCAUCUUCUGUUCCGCAAGGUUACCACAACCAGCAAUUUGGCUCGCGCAGAAGUGGAGAUGGAAGACAAAGCGGCGACUACAAUCGCUAUGACGCUGAUCCUCACGUCCUUGGCGAUGAUUUUGCUGGAAUUCAACUUAACGAUGAUGGUAGUGCUGCUCGCCGCUCAACUCGACCUCUCGCGAACCCUGAUCUCUUCAAGCCAACCCCAAGUAUACCAAGGUCCUCAGAUGGGCGUAAAGUUCAAUUCUCCGGUGGACCUGCCGAAGAUAUGGAUAUCUACCGUACCUCCCCAAGAUUAGGUGCCAAGGAGAAUACCCCAAUCCCAGCUGUCAAGCAAAGCAAAUGGCAACCGCUCUCUUCAGUUGACCCUAGUCCUAUUGGUGAGGCUGACAACGACCCGUUCAGUCUGGGAGAUAGCGAGGAUGAAAAAGAGACCAAGGAUCGUGUUGGAGGAAAAGAGAUCAAGAUGGAUGAUACAGAAAGGCUCAAGAAGGCUGCGGCCGAAGCGAUGGCGGAGAAUAUUGGAGAGCCAGCGCGCAAGCCAGAACCUGCCGAAAUAACUGGAACUAAGGACAAGAUUGCGGAAGAUAAACUGGCAGGGAAGUCUUGA